CUCUGACGGGUCACAUUAGCAAAAGGGGCCGGUCUGCGUGGACGCACGGAGCUCACGUUACGAGGACUUUUUUUUUUCGUCGGGCUUUUCAUGUUCUUUGAUGUUUAGUUGACGAUCCAACGCAACAGUUAAGCUGCGUGGAGGAAUGCAAAGCCUUUCGUUGAAAAACAGAUCAAACAAAAGGUAAAGGCUGUCGCUCGUUCCGUUUGGUGGGCGAGCUGUUGCGAUCUUGACAGCGGGGGAGCUCGGCUUGGACUACGUAGAAGCGGCCAAGGUGCGCUGGAGUGUGCAGUGGACAUGCAAAGCCGAUAGUUGUGGGAUAUUCUAAGGAACUCAUUGCCUACUUGUCUUCAAUGUUUGGAACAGUUGCCGCCAUGGAUGCCACUUGGAGGAACUGUUUCGAGGAGGAGCUCCUCUGUCCCAUCUGCCUGAAUGUGUUUGAGGAGCCAAUCCAGCUGCCCUGUAAGCACAACUUCUGCAAAGGUUGCAUCUCAGAGGCCUGGGCAAAAGACAACGGCGCGGGGGUUCGCUGCCCCGAGUGCAACCAUGAGUACGAGCAGAAGCCGUUACUGGAGAAGAACUUCAAGUUGGCCAACAUCGUCAAGAGAUUCAACGUGUUAGACUCUGAGAAGUCCCCGAUGGCACUGCACUGCGUCCUGUGCAGACGAGGCCCACCGCUGCCCGUCAGGAAGGUGUGUCUGCGUUGUAAAGAGCCCUGCUGCCAGAUACACGUACAUACGCACCUGCAGCAACCGUGCGUGGCGCCGGGGCACCUGCUGGUGGAUGCCGAGGAGCUGAGUGCCUGGACGUGUCCCAGCCAUGAUGAGUAUAGGCUGCUCCACUGCGAGGAUGAGCAGCUGGCUCUUUGUCCCUUCUGCUGCAUCUCCCAUUGCAGCGCACAAAGACACACGGUCUGCGACGUGGACACACAACGCAUGCACAUGCAGGCCGCACUAAUGAGGCAACAAGACAGACUGGAGGGUCGUGUUCAGAACAUCGAUGAGCACAUUACCAAGCUGGAGUCCGACAAGACGCUGAUGAAGGAUGCCCUUUCAGACCUGAAGGAGCGAGUCAGGGACCAGUACCAGAGGAUGCAAAGCAUGCUGGAAGCCAAACAGUGCGAAAGUAUGCAGAUUCUGGAGAGAGCAUACAGCUCAUACCGGAGGAAAAACUCCCAGCAGGUUUUGCAGCUUAACGAGCGGCGGCAGCAAGCGGAAAAACUCCUGAGCUCAGUACAAGCUUUCUUUCAACGAGCCGACAACAUUAACUUCAUGAAGAACACAAAACCUUACCAACUACUAAUUGACAGGUCCAAUUUGCAGCUGAGCAGUUCUGUCCCUCCACUCUCAGUGGGCCAAAUCAGCGCUCAUCAUUUCUUAUCGGGCCUCUCAACACAGGAGAAGAAUCUGCGCAAAAUCCUGGAAGAACCUGUCAAUGAGGUGUCGAUCAGUGAGGUAGUCCAGACACACUCGAGCUCUGUGGACACUCGCUCGGGACUCAACAAGAGGAAAUACGGCAUGGCUUUUCUGGAGACUACGGCCGAAAACUCGGCAUCCCAGCAUCCCUCGCCUUUGCUCUUCGCCACCAAAAUGCCUCUUCUGGCUGAACCCAGCCAACGCGACUCCAACAUGUUCUCCUCUGACGCUUUGGGUCAGAAUGCUCACUCUGGUCAAGGCCACAGUCGCUUCCUGGACACCUCAGACCAUAAUGUUGUAGGCCAACACGCAGAGGCCAUUUUCUCGCCGCACCUCCGCAGCGGGGGCGCGUCCCAACAGGCUGUGUACGAAGGGAGGAAGGUCCUGAUGUGCUCCAGGCCUGGAGCCGCUCGAGCCCUUUACCCGACGCACGACUCAUUCGCCCCCAUCAAUUCUCAGGAGUUUGGCCCCAUAGCUGGCAGCCAGCCCUUGCAGCAUUUACCCAUGAGGGGACUGAUGGAAGCCUCCCAGGCAUCCAGGCGCUCGGACUAUUUUGGCUUGUACAGUCAAUCUUCAACCAAGCAUUACGGGACAAAGUAACAAUAUGGCAGAAUCAACACCGGCUUCACUUUGUGGAUUCUGAAUAUAUUCAGAGGACGCUUCAUUAGGAACGCCU